UGCAAAGUGCAAACCCUUCACCAAUCACCCCUUUCUUCCCUAUCUUCUCCAUUUGCUUCGACUCAUCAACUUUUUCUCUUCCCCUCAACUUGAGUUACCCUUUUCCCCGCUCACUUUGUUUCACACUACUGCCAAAGCAAAAUCCAUUUUUUUGUUCACCUCAGCAUUGCGUAUGAUGAAGAACAACCCCAGUUAUUGUGUGUUGCAUUUCUUUUGUUGUUUUUCUUGUUGUCUCCUCUUGCCAGCUCUUGUUCUCUCCCACCACAUCUAUGGAAACCCUGCUAGUGACAUCGUUGAUAUUAUAAACAAGAAUCGAACAGAUCAAAAGCUUCCUCACUUGAAUGACAGCCCUGGUUUAGGGUGCAUGGCCUUACAAUAUGUUGAAUUAUGCAAAGGGAAUUGCACUGAUAACAAUGCUGUAAACUGCAAACCCCCUGAAGAUGAUUUCACUGAAGUGUUUGCCCCCAACUGUGGCGUAGAGCUACCAACUUUUGGCACCAUAACUGGACACAUUGUGGGUUGUCAAAGAGACUAUCUUGAGCCAUCAUUAGCAUUUUCUCAAGUUCUCAUCAAAGAUAAGAAAUCUGUGUCUCUUUUGAAGAACAGAUCACACACUGAGGUGGGAGUCGGCCUUGUUGGUCUCCAUAAAGGUCCUUUCUUUUGGUGUGUUUUGUUUAGCAAUGGACAGACAAACUCCACGUUUGUGCUUGAAAAUCGUGGUGCUGGAAUCCAGCAAAAAAACGGGUGUUAUAGUGGGAGCAGUACUCCGUGCAGUGGGGGACAGAGAAGUAGUGUUAGUGUUGCAUUUUUUAACGUAUUUUUCAUCUAUUGUGUGUCCAUCUUGCUGUUUACACUUUUGUGA